ACGCCAUCUCAUCAUCCGAUCGUCCAUCUCCAGAAUGGUGCCCGCCUGUGGCGCAGGCGUAUAAAAGCGGGUCCACCGCUCCGCCGCGCACCCAACUUCCCCUGGCGCUCCCGGCAUGAGCCAUCAGCCGGAGGGCACCCAAGAACCAGAAGAGUCAACGGAGUCGGGAGCUCAGCAACAGCAGCCGCCCCAGCCGGAGCAGCAACAGGAGCAACAGCACCAGCAGCCGCAGCCUGCGCAGGAGACACAGGCACCUCAAGCUACGCAGUCGACGCUCGCCCCCACGGACUACUACCAGUAUGUCCUCGCGAGCCUCCCCCUCAUGACUCGCGAGGGCUCUGUGCUCGAUCAAGACGCCCUCCGCCGCUGCCUCGAGCUCUCGAGCUCCUACCUCACGACGGACACCACGACGGCACCAGAGCGUGGUAUGCAGACCUGGUUCACCGGCUUUGACCGCCUCGCGGACGUCGUCGUCGCCCUCCACGGACGCGGCCAGCUCGAGGUCGCCACGAUGAGCGCCGCCUCGCGCGCCUGCUCGGAGUGCUGGUCCGUCGCUGGUUCUUGGCGGGAACUCGCGCCCUGUCGCGAGGGGGUGCGCAAGAUCGCCACCCGGUUGAAGCGUCUCCUCGACGACAACGGCAAAACGUACAAGGGGGAAGCUAUCUAUGCCCCAUAGCGCGCUGCUGCCGCCGCAUGCACCAGCCGCUUAUACCCCAUCACCAAGCCACUCGCUCGUUCCGUUCAUCCAUCGCUGUGUCUGUAUGUCUGUCUUCCUGCUGUCCUCAUCAUCCCCUGUUCGCCCAUUUUCGGUCUCGUGCGGUUUUGUGUGUUCGCCCCUUCCCAUUCCCCCCCAGCUGUACACUACCACUGCCCAUCUAUCGAUCGCAAGCGAUCAAGAGUCCAGCACCUAUGUAUAUUACCCAUCGAUGCGCUUCCCCUUCUGCUUCCCCCACGCACGUAUACUUACUCUACGGUCGCAGACCAUUCCUCACCCAUUUCCCACCGGUUUCAGACGGGCUACCUCGGUUGUGUGUAUUGUAUAUGCGAAUUGGAUCGCCACAAGGUCAAACACUGCUAGCGCUGGCAUAUCACUUCUUUGCACGCGAC